AUGUGGAAGGGCAAACAAGCUGAGAAGAUUAGAAAGCAAUUGUUGAUCGAGUUGAAUUUGGGAAUUGUGAGAAGUCCAUCGGUGAUCAUUCUUGAUGGAAUUGAUCUCAUUGCACCGGCGAAUAAAGAUGAGGAGCACAGAAUGGUUCAAUUGGAAAGGAUCUUUGCAAUGCUUCGUGAUCUCUUGAAACCUCGAAAAUUGGUGCAAAUCGUUUGCUCGGCUCGUUCCCUUCACUCGAUUCAUCCGAUUUUGUUGGGUGAUGGUGGACAACGUUUCUUUGGGUACACCAUU